AUGCUACUGGAGGCGGCCCACGGCAACAAUCACAACCCGCACCAUCUGCUGCAACCGCCCGUGCCACAUCCGCACCACCACCCGCACCAUCCCCUGCACCCGCAGCAUCCACACUCGCAGGCCGCGGCAAUGGUGGCGGCGGUGCAGGCGGCUGCCGCCCUCACGGCGGUUAAAAGUGCAACGAACUUCUCGAUUGCGGCCAUCAUGGCGCAAGGAAACGGUAACGCCAACAACGGUAGCAAUGCAGUCGGCAACGCAACCGCAAACAGUGACCCAACACCGGCGGCCAACACACGGAUCGAGGAAGGCAAUUAUCGACCCCGUUCGCGCACUCCAGAACGUUCGUCGGAGGCAACCGAGGAGGAAAUCAACGUCAACGUCGAAGAUUGUAGCGAUUCGGAAGAAAGCACGGAACAGCCGCGCGAAACACAUUCGCGAACGGCAUCCACACCGGCCAGCGUAUCCGACGAAGAUCGUCUGUCACCCGAGAUCGCACAGAAAGCACCAAAAAUUGUUGGAUCUUGCAAUUCGGAGGAUCUGCGACCGGUCCAGUGUCACCUAGAAACGAAAGAGCUGUGGGACAAAUUCAACGAGCUCGGCACGGAAAUGAUCAUCACCAAAACUGGAAGACGUAUGUUUCCAACAGUUCGCGUCUCGUUUUCCGGUCCAAUGCGUCAUCAAACCGCUGCCGAUCGGUACGCCGUACUGCUCGAUAUCAUUCCUCUCGAUAACCGCCGUUAUCGUUACGCGUACCAUCGUUCGGCCUGGCUUGUGGCUGGAAAAGCCGAUCCUCCUCCACCUGCCCGGCUGUACUCCCAUCCGGACACUCCGCUAGGACCGGAUGCCCUCCGACGGCAGGUGAUCUCCUUCGAGAAGAUCAAGCUCACCAACAACGAAAUGGACAAGACGGGUCAGAUCGUCCUCAACUCCAUGCACCGCUAUCAGCCGCGGAUUCAUCUGGUGCGGAUUGGUCCGAACCAAUCCGUUCCAACGAGUCCGACUGAGCUGCAGGAACUGGAUCAUAAAACGUUCGUCUUUCCGGAGACGAUCUUUACGGCUGUAACUGCGUACCAGAACCAGCUGAUUACGAAGCUAAAGAUUGACUCGAACCCAUUCGCUAAGGGAUUCCGCGAUUCUUCAAGACUAAAUGAUUUCGAUCGUGAUCCCAUGGAAUCGUUCCUUCUUGAGCAGCAUCUCCGUUCGCCGUUGCGGCUCUUCCCGGACCAGGUGAUGGCACAGUUGGGAGGCGCCGGUGGUCCACCCUCGAUGCAAUCCAACGAUCCGUCCGUGCUGCUGGAGAAGGCACGUCAACAGCUCCACCUCUGGGGCAAUCCUUCGGCGGCCUACAGUGAGCUGAUGCUCCAACAGCUUUAUCACCAGCGACCCAACUUUGGUCUUAACUUUGGUCCACUGUGGCAAAGCCAGUGGCCAACACAGCUGCCCCCCGGUUUCCUGCCAAACGUUGCCCCGCCGCCGGCCCACACUCCCACCAUGCAGGGAGUUGCUGCUGCAGCAGCUGCUGCGGCUGCCGCUGCUGCUGCCGCCGCCAAUUCCGGCGGUGGAUCCAGUUCUUCAUCUCCUUCCGCCCCACCACCAUCCGGACCAUCGGUUUCACCGGAAGUUCGACCGAAAUCCUUCGCCCGCUUCACACCCUACCAGAUUCCGCAGCAUCCUUCAUCGCCUGCACCCAACCCGGGACACCCGCACCAUUCGCCUGCCACCCGGUCCGGUUCACCCGGAUCGUCUCGAUCUCCUUCGCACUAA